AUGAAUUGUUGUUCAGAAGCUGAAGAAGAGGAUUUGACAACCAGGAUAAGGCAGAUUCAAUCUUCCUUGAGACGGUUAAAGGACUUUGGUGAUAAAUUAGAAGAAUCAAUGAAAGAACUUUCCAUUGCCUUGGAAGCAAAACAAGACAAUGAGUCUGAAAUUGAAAAAAUUACAGAAGACAGUGAGAAGUUGUUUGAAUUGCUCACAGAUGUUACAGAGCACUCAGAAGAACUUCUACUAUUGGAAAAAAGAUUGGAGCAAGCGGACAUACCUUAUAUGAAAAUUGAAGCACCAAAUGACCCACGAAUCGACCACAUGAUCGAUCUGCAGACAAAAAUGCAGGAACAACUGAUGCAUUUCCAAGAACUCCCAAUUCAGGAACUGCACAGAAAAGAGAAGAUAUGCAAAGAGAAAGAAACUCCAGUAGUUAAACUACUAAAGUUUGAGCUCCCUUCAUUCAACGGAGACAAAUUAAAGUGGAAAGAGUUCUGGGACUCCUUUGAAGCUUCAGUAGACAAAAACACAAGACUUUCCAAUGUUGAAAAGUUCAACUACUUGAAAAGUAAAAUGGAAGGAAAGGCACAAUCUGCUAUUUCCGGCCUCAUGCUCUUUCAUGAAAAUUAUGAUGUAGCUCUCUCCAUAUUGAAGGAACGAUUCGGAGAUGUGCAGUCUGUAAUUAACAAACAUUACAUGGACCUUAUAAACAUUAAGCCUGCACUCAAUAAUACUUCCAGUCUCCGUAGACUAUUUGAUGAUUUAGAAAAGCAUAUGCGCAGCCUAGAAGCACUGGAACAAGAUGUAAACCAGGAUGUCUUUGUUUCCAUGAUUAUUACAAAGUUACCAAAAGAAGCCAGAUUACCAUUAGAAAUAUAG